AUGAGUCACAAGGGCUUGUUGUCUCAAAAAGCUUUAGAUGAUACAUAUGCCACUGUCAAUAACAAAGACCAGCAAGGUUUAGGACCUUUGAUUAACCUUACAGGGGCAAACGGUCCGAGAGUUACUGGCAUACGCUUUAUGCUUACUGUCAAACAGGCUGCUUCGAGGGGUGCUUGGUCUAGGCCAAGGGGAAGACAUCCCACUCUUCUUCUGCUGCGAGCUUGUCUUCCUGACUUGCCUGCUGAAAUAAACUCUUCUCUCCCGAAUAUUUUUCUCUGGCGUAAUACUUUGCAUUCACCUCCUGCUGUCUUUUCCUCUGCUUUAACUUGGAGUACUUUGCACCCGAUGCCACCUCCUGUUGACUGGUUCUCGUCGGUUUGGUUCCAAGGAAAUAUUCCGAAACAUACAUUUAUCACGUGGGUUGCUGCUCGUGAUAGAAUGCCGACUCGAGAUAAGCUAAGAAGGUGGGGUUUAGAUGUUACUCCUUUGUGUCCUCUUUGCGAUACGGUUGAUGAGAGUCUUCAUCACUUAUUCUUCGCUUGUUCGUUCUCGCUGGACCUUUGGAAUUUUUUGUUUCAAGCAGCUCCAUUCUCACCACCUAAUAGCUUUGAGCAUAAUCUGGUAUGGCUCAGGUCCUUUACGACUAAUGCAAAGCUUAAGGUAUUGUGUAAGAUCAUUUUCCAGGCGGCAGUUUAUCUUAUUUGGAAAGAAAGAAACACAAGGAUCCACACUGCAACUUCAAGGUCUGUUACUUCCCUGUUGAAAGAGCUUCAAACAAUUUUAAGAGCCAAGCUCCAUGGCUUGGAUCAAAAGGAAAGUUUGUCUCGGAUGGGUACCCAUUCGUCCACUAUGGCUGGCGUUUCAUACCUUCAUCUUUGGUUCCAAUACUUCCAGCCAUAG